CUCAUGAACGCCCUCUAGCGGAUAUUACAGCGGCAGGUAAUAGUGUCAGGGCCAGAGGGUCUUCCUGACUCUACUCGGAAAAGUCUAUGGGAGGUUGGAUUGCUGGGGUUCCGCUUCUGCAGAUACAGCUGGGAGAAACGGAUUUGAGAUGUUAGCAAAUCGUUUAGGAAAAAUAAAUAGCUACAGUUUGCCAUUCUAGGAAACAUAUCCAUACUUACGUCUGAAGCAUAUGAAAAAGAUAAUGAGAGAAGACGGCACUGUCAAUAGGGCCUAACUGACCUAAGCUGAGGGAGCAUUUGGCUCCCCUCCUUUCCCAUCGCUCCCCUUGCCCCCGACCCCCUGGACAGCCCAGACAUGACCACAGGGGAGUGUUGCCACCUCCCUGGUUCACUCUGUGAAUGCACUGGCAACGCUGCCCUGUCAAAAACAGUGGAGGAGUCCGACAACCGCCGCGCGCAGUACGUCACGCAAGUCACAGCCAAAGAUGGACGACUGCUGUCAACAGUCAUCAAAGCUCUUGGCACACAGAGCUCUUUCUCUUUUAGUGAUGGCCCCAUCUGCCGGAUAUGCCAUGAGGGGGGUAACGGAGAAGCCCUCAUGUCCCCCUGUGACUGCACGGGAACACUGGGCACGGUGCACAAAAGCUGCUUGGAGAGGUGGCUCUCCUCAUCCAACACCAGCUACUGCGAGCUGUGCCACACCGAGUUUACCAUUGAGCGCCGACCCCGUCCUCUUACAGAGUGGUUGCGAGACCCUGGGCCGAGGAAUGAGAAGCGCACGCUGUUCUGCGACAUGGUUUGCUUCCUGUUCAUCACGCCGCUGGCAGCCAUCUCAGGCUGGCUGUGUCUGCGUGGCGCCCAGGACCACCUGCACUUCAACAGCCGCCUGGAGGCUGUGGGCCUCAUAGCACUCACCAUAGCCCUCUUCACCAUCUAUGUCCUCUGGACUCUGGUGUCAUUCCGUUACCACUGUCAGCUGUACUCUGAAUGGAGACGAACCAAUCAGAAGGUCCGCCUGCUCAUUCCGGAUGCCAAGGGAGGGCACUCUACCCAGCAUCCCUUGCUCUCCACCAAGCUGCUGAAGAAGACCGCAGACGAGACGAUCGUAUGAGAUCCAGUCUGAAGGGGAUGAUGAGAGUGGUGUGUGUUGAGUGUGCUGGAGGUUCUCAACUCACUGAUGUCGCAGCUGGAACCGCAGCACUUGUGGAUGCAUUUUUUUCUAUUUAAUCCUUUUUAUUCUAAACUUGUGAGCACUUCAUUAUCCACCUUUUACCUUUUUUUUUGUUUGUCUGUUUGUUUGUUUUGUGUGGAGCCUUCUCCCAAAAAAAAACAAUCAUUUGUUCACAGGGAAAGAACAAUGAUAUUAAUUGGCAAGUUUGAUGCUUCAAAUCCCACAUCAUUUGUUUGUACAAAAAGGAGAAAUACGGAAACAACAAAAAAAAAGAAAUUCACAAGUGUGUAAAAGAUAGGAGCUGAUUGUGCGUUGCCAUGUAGGGGCAAGACACUGGGCGCAUGCUCAGUGGGAACCGACCAAACCCUCAGAUUCCUCUUCACCCUUUUAGGUUGUUUCUUUCAGUUAUUAUCCCUUACCAGUGAAUAUGGUAUGUGAAAAUGAUUCAUGUUUCCACUCGGAGGCUUCAUAACCACUGAGUCUAAAAGAAAAGCUCCAAGCUUUCACCCCUGCUACAGAGCCACUGCUGAGGGACUGUGUGUGUCUAUGUGUGUGUGUGUAGGGGAGUUACAGGAAAUCAGCUCUUUAUCCAUCCUUCCGUUUGGAGGAAUGUGGGGACACAAAUGCAUUCAGCAAUCUCAGCAGUGUUAGUGGUUCGUCAGGAUUCCAGUCUUUUUCCUAAGCAUGUCCCCUGUGUGUGUGAUUGGGGAUGAAGGUAGCAAACGUACAAGAGUGCAAUAAAAACACUAUAAAGAAGGCUUGCCCUUAUAAUACUGCAACCAACACGCACAGCUUUGCAUGCAUGCACAAUUUCUUUGCUUUUAGUAUUUUGUUUUCCGCUGUUGUUUCCACUCAGACUGCUUGGGUGGUUGGUGUUGGAGGUUUUUGGAGGUGAGCGCUAAAAAGGAUCUCCUCCAUCUUUGGGUGUAGUUGCAGCACAUGUUCUGGCUAUAUCCUAAAGGUUAGCAGAAACAGGAAGCAGAAAUUGCCAAACAUGAAUUUUAUCAUAGGAAGGAAUUUACAUUAGAUUUUUUUCAUGUUUUACAUUUAUAAUACAACUACAAGGAAAUCACUAAUACUUCUCUCUUUUUUUCCUCUGUUUCCCCCUCUCUCUCUCUCUCUCUCUCUCUCUCUCUCCUGCUUGCACCGUCUUUUGUGUGUGUUGGUUUUUCUACCAAAAUAUAUCUCUGUGUGCCGAUGCAUAUUAGUUUAGCCAGAGGUCGUAUAGUGUACAGCAGAAGUCAGAUUGGUAUACAUAUGGUUGUGUAGCAGUUUCAGCCUUGUUGAUAUGCAGCUUCUCAGACUUUCAAAGACUGUCCCGACGUGUCAUACUCUUCAGUGCCAGAAAUGAGUGGUCUUGAACCGUUUAUCACACGUGCGACAUUGAAUGAUGGCGUCAUCUCAUCGGAUUACUACAUCAGGUUACCUCUCCUAAAGAAGGAUAUGCAAAAACACUAGCAAUGACCUUAAAGGUGGUCCUUGGUAAAGCCUGUGCUGAAAACAUGUCAAUACCACUGGAUUUUAUCAAGGAGUGCCUGUUUUGACUUUGGCACUGCUGGGUAGUGGCAAGCCACAGUUCAGAAUGGUCAUGAGGGCCAACUUGCUAUUUGGACCAUAUUGUUUAUGGUGCACCUUCUUCAAUUGGGUUCAUGCACAACCUGCAUUAGUGCAAUCUCCCAGUCAGUAUUUCAUUUGUGUGUUUUGUCAUUUGUUAAGUGUGAUCCGAUUCGCAGCACAGCACACAAAUGGAAAAGGUUGAAGAUCUUGCAGAAUCUUUUUAUUAUUAUUAUUAUUAUUAUACAAAUCCAUUCCCUCUUGAGGAUGUGGUGCUACUCCAUGCAAGUUCUCAUUUAUUUCUGGAAUCCUGCCUUGGCUUAACAGUUGAAAGCUUUUGGUCAGUGACGAAGUAGUAUUUGACUGUUGCGGAAUGAGUCCUGAAUAUAGCCACUGGGCACCUAGACCAACAUAGGCUCAUGUGACCUUGCAUCCACCAUGGACAAAAGAGGAAAUGUGUUAAAGCUUUACAAGUGCUGUUGCUAUUAGAGGAUACACCAUGUGGAGUGAAUCAUUGUCUGAGCUUUAUUCUGGCUUCAGUGCUCAGUCAGUUUUGUGGAGUUCAGCUCAGAGCUGAUUGCUAGCAUUGGGGGAAAGUGGUCUUGUUGCAGAAAAAUACCCCCUUUCUAUAUGUGUAUUUCUCUCUCUCCCCCCGUAGUGUCAAUGGUCACUCUAAAUGACUCCUCUCGUAGGAUCUAAACUUUUGUUGUAUGGUUAAUGUUGUGCAAUAGUAAUUCUAGAUCAUGUUUUUUUUUUUUUUUUUUUUUCGGCAUUACCGUCACCAUCACCAGUAUGUUAGACUUAAGGGAGGAAAGACAUGAAGAAUCUCUGAGCAUUGAAAAAAAAAAAUGAUGUGCAGUGUCAGCCCCAGGGCUUUUAGUAAUGCCCUUUCAAAAAAAGACAACAAAUAGGACAAAAAACUUGUCUCGUUGGUGUGCUUCCACCUGAAACGUUGGUUACCUUUGUACACUUGGGGCCAACUUCUGAAGACUUCGUAACGUAGGAUUUAGUAACAGAGUGUGCAAUUUUAAUAACAUUACAAUGCAAUUCUUACGUGUAACCUUGAAUCACACAUGCAUAUAUAUACCUAUCUAUAUUAAGAACGUAAGCAAAGCCUAGAUGUAGACUACAUUACUUAUGAAGGAUCAUAAGAAGGACACCCAUGCAGGAGGAGAGGGACGGGGCCAGCCAUGGGGGAAGGCUCUCUGGGCCCAUGAGUCGCCUGUGCUAUGCACACAGCGCUUCUGCGAUAGGCAGUGUCCAGGCUGAGUCCAUAUUUCCGUGUUAAUCUAGCUGACCACCACAAGUCCUUCUCUCCAAAGAUGCAUGCAUGUUUUUUUUUUUUCCUGUCUCCUUAGUUAUUUCUUCUGUUUCAGUAUAUGGCACUUUCAAAAAUAUACCAUGGGAAAACGGUUUGCUCAUUUUAAUAAUCCAUAUUUAAAAGGGAUUUAAAAAAAAUGGUUCAUGUAAUAAUUUCCUUUGUUAAUAUUCUUUUGGGGAAAUAUAAACAAUUCCAGGUUUAUUGUAAAAUGGAAAGGAAGGGGUUGUGUUCCAGUUUCAUUCUCUUUGCUUUUUUGAAAAAAAGAAAGAAACAUCAUGAAUUGUAAACAUGUUUUUACUUGUUUUUCUUUUUAAUAUCUUAAUUUUUCCACUGUGUUUUUAAAUGAAUUCAUCUGUAUCAUUUGUAAUUUAUGUUCUCAAUUAUUUCAUUAAGCACAGGAUUUGUAUCACUCUAACAUGUUUUGAAAUGCUGUAAUGUUUAUGUUGUGCAGUGGGAAAAGAAGGUGUGUCUGUAAUGUCUUCACCAAAAUUUGUUGGUGCUUGCAAUCAGCCAAGAAGUGUGCAAAGCAAAUUAAAAAUGAUGCUAUGAAUCUGUCCAACA